AAUGGUCAUAUAAACUACAUUGUCGAAGCGUUUUUUCAGUGCAGUUCGUUCCGGCCUUUAAUCGAUACGCGGUGGCAUUGUUCCGCAUUCUAGUUCUAUCGAAUAGUCUCUGCUUAUCAGUUAUUCAAUAGCUAAAAUAAAUUGAAAAAAUAAAAUAACAAUGGCAACUCAAUAUCCCCAUGUCGAAGAUGGCAUUGAAAUCCGUGUGGCCACGGAGGAAGAUCGCGAAGGAGUUUGGAAUCUGCUGUGCAAAUAUUUCUUCCGCGACGAACCUCUGACCAAUGGAAGUGAACCCAAAGAAGAAACGAAUUUUGGCAAGGAAUUUCUGUUGUCCAACAUUGCACACGGCACCUGCUUCUUGGCAGUCGUUAAAGAUACCAAUGAAUUGGUGGGUGUGACCGUGGCCGGUCCCAAGGGUCCUGAGGAGCCGGAACAUUUGGCGAAAGCAGCUGCCGAAGAGGGCAACACAAAAUGGGGUAGAAUUUUGAAAUUUUUGGAAAAAGUUGAAAGAGAUGCCGAUGUCUAUAAACGCUACAAUGUGACAAAGGUUUUGCACGUCAUUGCCACUUGCGUUGAGGAGAAAAUGCGUGGCAAAAAUAUUGGUGCUCGCCUCUAUAAUGCUGUGAAUGAUAUUGGCAAGCAAAUGGGCUUUGAGUUGCAGACUGCCGAUUGUACAAGUUUCUAUUCGGCCCGCAUUAAGGAUCGUCUGGGAUGGGAGUGCGUUAAUGUGGCCUAUUACAAGGAUUAUUUUGAUGCCGAUGGCAAACAGGUCUUCCGUCCCGACCCACCACAUGAAUGCUGCAAAACUUUUGCUAUUCGUUUGUAAGAAUUUCGAGAGAGUGUGUAAUGUGUAAUUCUGUUUUUAUUAAAAUAAUAUUUUAGAGGCUUAGUUAAUUUAAUGAGAAGUGUUUUUUAUUGUAAUU